AUGGCCGAGAUGCAGCGCGCUCACAAUGGCCGCGUGGGCCUGGCCACGUCCGUUGGAGAGCUAAACGCCUCCCGGGCCCAGGGCAGCAGUCAGAGCGUGAACAGCUUGCCCAGCUCCCCGAGCACCGCUCCAGGGCCCGUGGCCAGCUGGGCCGAAUCCUUCGAGGCACUGCUGCAGGACCGCGUGGGCCUCGCCUACUUCACCGAGUUCCUGAAGAAGGAGUUCAGCGCUGAGAACGUCUACUUCUGGCAGGCGUGUGAGCGGUUCCAGCAGAUCUCUGCCACCAAUGCCCAGCAGCUGGCCCAGGAUGCACGGCGCAUCUACGAUGAGUUCCUGUCCAGCCACGCCGUCAGCCCCGUCAACAUCGACCGGCAGGCCUGGAUCGGGGAGGAUGUGCUGGCCACCCCCACCCCUGACAUGUUCCAGCUCCAGCAGCUACAGAUCUUCAACCUCAUGAAGUUCGACAGCUACGCCCGCUUUGUCAAGUCCCCGCUGUAUCAGGCCUGUGCCAAGGCCGAGAGCGGGGGGCUGCCUCUGCCCGACCUGCGGCCCCACCCGCGCAGCGGCAGCCCCCCGCUGGACCUCGGCAAGAAGACGAAGCUGAAGCCGGGCAAGUCGCUGCCGCUGGGUGUGGAGGCAGCAGGAAGCGGCGCUAGCGCGGCUCGGAGCCCCCGGCGCUCCUUCAGGAAGGGGGAGCGGAGAGAGCCCUCGUGGGCAGAUGGGGGGGACGGCAUGGGCCUGUGGCGCGAGUCCCAGGGCUCCCUCAACUCCUCUGCCAGCCUGGACCUGGGCUUCCUGUCCUCCUCCAGCACCAGCCUCCCCAGCUCGGGGCCCAGCUCCCGCCUGGAGGGCCCCCGGCAGAGCCUGGGUGGGACUGAGCCAAUGAAGUACUGCUGCGUGUACCUGCCUGAUGGCACAGCCUCGCUGGCUGCUGUGCGGCCUGGCCUCUCUGUGCGCGACAUGCUGGCUGGGAUCUGUGAGAAGCGUGGCUUCCACCUGCCUGACAUCAAGGUCUACCUGGUGGGCAACGAGCAGAAGGCGCUGGCGCUGGACCAGGAGAGCUCGGUGCUAUCAGACAAGGAGGUGAAGCUGGAGAACAGGAUCAGCUUUGAGCUGGAAAUUGCCUCUGUGGGCAAGAGCGUGCGCAUCAUGGCGAAGGCAACCAAGAGCCUGCGGGAAGCACUACAGCCCAUCUUGGGGAAGUACGGCCUGGCCAUGGAGCCCAUGAAGCUGCAGCAGGAGGGUGAGCCCAACGCCUUGGACCUGGAGAGACCGGUCAGCACCGUGGCUGGCCAGAAGCUGAUCUUGGAGGCCGGAGCAGGUGGGAAAGCUGCAGGCACUAGUCACGCCUCUGCAUCCUCUUCCCCCCUUGGGAGUGAGGAGAGCAGCCCCGGCGACGCGGAGGCGGAGCGGCUGCUGGAGGUGCCCGCGGGGCUCCCCCGCUCCCGGGCCACGGCCGCCAAAAACCUGAACCGGCGCACGUACGACCUGGAAGGAGAGAGCCCAGGCAUCCUGCCUCCCGCCAUGUAUCGUGCGCUCAGCAGCACGUGCCUGUCCCCGAGCCUGGAAACUUGGCGGCGGCGGCGGUGA